CAUUGUGCAAAUUUAUUAUAAAGGCUCCAAUACAGAGCGGCACAAAGCACUUAUGCACAUCCCGUGUGCAGAAUGAUGUGCUUGAAGCAACACAGAGUAACAGCGCGUGGCGCUCUUAUGCGGCAGUUUAUUGACCAUAUUCUUUGAACAGUUUUAAUUUAAGUUACUGUGUCUGUGAAGAACGAUUCAUAGCACUCUAUUCUCCAGUGCUGUGAUCUAACGGACACCGUUUGAGAUGUGUGCGCACUGUUUGCAAGGCUUUAAACAUAAGCAAAUUAUAAACUUUCGUGAAGAUUCAGCAGUUCCAUCUACUGUCCCGAGUUUCUUUCACAAGUUCUGAAAGGUAGUUUAAAUGAGAAUGCAUGCGUUGGCGAUAAUGCAUAGACUGAUAUUGUGUGAAAAUGUGGAGAAUGUUAAAACAAAGGUGCCUCUAUAAAUAGCCCACAGGUAUCGAUUUUUUACGCAUUGCAUCGAUGCAUCGGAUCGUUAGACAUUAGAUCGAUGUAUCGAUAUAUAUCGAUGUAUUGUUACACCCCUACUAUUAACCACACAGAAACACAUGACUGCCUCAGCGUAUAUUGUAUAAGCUUUAUAUGCAUUCAUAAGACUACUUAGCCUACUGACCUUGUGUAAACUUAAAAAAAAAAAAAAAAAAAAAAUGUGUUAACCUGAAAUGAUGACUCUGAAGACUUUAAACUUUAUAAUCAUUUUAUUGACCACAGUCACUGUAGCCUAAAACUAAAACAAAUCAAGUGACUAACAGAUACAUCAAAUAGAAUAGCGAAUGUUAGCUAAUAAUAGUUAUCGCUAGAAAGAUUGCUUGGAGCUUUUUACAACGAGCUAGCAAGCACAUUCACACAAAAGAAACGUUAAACAACUUAAACAAUACACUUACAUUCAUAUACAAUACAUAUCUCUUAUUGUUUUUCCGGAAAUAUCCCACUCGAUUUGAGCAAAUCAGGUAAAGAGGUUGAAAAACACCUAUUCCCGUGUGACAACACCCCAAAGGUGGGCGAAAUAGUACUUUCGAUUUGGAAUGUGAUUGUAAGGAUUAUACCAUACUGAUUCAGCGGGAUUUGAAGUCUAGAAUGCCGCUGCAUGUGCAAUAGGAGUCGUUAUCGCUGGUUAGAAGAACGACGUCUGACAUAUUUAACUAAAGCGAAGUCUAUGGUUCUUGCACGCAGGUCCAGACGUGACUUCAAAUGUCAUAUCACAAAAACAAGAAUGGGUCUUUCACAGAGCGGACACAUUCAUGAUACUUCGAGGGAUUUUGAACCCAGAUCAGACUCGUGCACAGUUCUGCAGGCAGAUGUUCCAGAUGUUCCUCUAGCUGUGGUUGAGGAGAUCCUACUGAACCUGCCUGCACAUCAGGUGGUGCGAGUCUGUCGGCUGGUGUGUCGUGAGUGGAAGGAGCUGGUGGACAGUGCUUCACACUGGAGAGAGCGCUGUCGGAGAGAGGAGAUCCAGCCCUGUGAUGCUUCCAGAACCCCAGAGGACUGGCGCCUGUUUUACUUUCUUGCUAAGAAACGACGGAACUUGCUCAAGAAUCCCAGAGCGGAAGAUGAGUUCAAUGGAUGGACGAUUGUACAGAAUGGUGGUGACUACUGGACAGUGGAAGAUAAUUCUACAGAAAUCCCAAAUCACACAGUCCCAAAAUACUUUGUCACCUCUUACCAUUUAUGUUUGAAGCAGCAGCUGAUUGAUUUGAAGAAAGAAGGUUAUAAUGCUGCUUUCAUGGAUCAAGUGCAACCUCAUAUCAAAAUAUCAGACUGGUAUGCCCCGCGCUGUGAUUGUGGGAGUGAGUAUCAGAUCUGUGUAGAGUUGCUUGAUCAGAAGAAGAAACCCAUCAGCACCUUUGAGCCUGAGAAAGUUUUCUUUCAACAGUGGAACGAUCAGCAGUGGUGUGAAAUGACUCACGUCUUUAAGGAUUACGGACCUGGGGUUCGGUUUAUCUGUUUCACUCACGGUGGGAAGGAUACACAGUUCUGGGCAGGCUGGUAUGGAAUACGAGUCACUAACAGUAGCGUGGAGAUCUGUCCAGUAGAGUAGGGUUCGAGUCCAACUUAUUAGAGUCCUAGUCAAGUCCAAAAGGGGCCGAGUCGGACUCAAAUGCGAGUCGAAAAGAGCUCGAGUUCAACUAAAUAUUUCUGUAAGUCAUUAAGUUAUCAGGGAAUGCCCUGAUAUGAAAAUUUUGGCCAAUACGAUAACCGAUAAUUCUUUAUAUUUGAAAGCCAAUAACCGAUAAACUUAUAUCUGCUUAUAUCUAAACUUAUAAUAUAAUGUUAUAUCUGCACAAAUGACUCGAAUGCACAAGUGAACUUGAACUACGAUACAUGCUAGUCAGAAUGUGGAUGUGCUCUUCCCGGAUAUGCGCUGAAAGAUAGCAACUAAACCCAAAGUCGAAAAUGCAUUCAGGUGUAUGCAAUGUUUCAGACAGUGUGCAAGUAACCUACUGAAUUCAGUUACCUUUUGCAUAUUAUUGCUUUUGACAAUGUAAAAUCACUUAAAACUGGCAAGAUUUAAAAACACAAACACUUUUUUUGAGAGUAAAAAUGCAUCCGAGUCCAUGACAAGUUGGACUCGAGUCCGAGCUCACGUACCCCUACUCUGCUGUCCAGAUGCAGAGAGGUAGUAUUUUCCUGUUUGAAUUUGUUGUUAUGAGAAACGCUGUAUACAUAACAGUUACCUUAAAAGCCUUAUAAUUAUAAGUGCAUCUCUUAUUGUUGUACAUAAUUUGAAGACUGUCAUAACCAUUCUGUAUUUGUAUUUAUUUGUUCACUACGUAUAAAUAAGUAUUUAGCUGUUUAUAUGUAAAAAGGGCCAUGUUUGAAAAGUAACAUCAGAAAAUGUGAUUUUGACCAUUUUUCCUCUAUGCCAAAGUAAUAAAACCAUGUAUAUUUUUUGACACCA